AUGGAUGACAUCGAGGAACGGCUGCGCAGCCAUGCGCAGGCAUUCGACGGUCUUCUGUCCUUGAUCCCCGCCAAAUACUACUACGGCGACGACAAUACUGAUCAAUGGCAACGGAAAAAACAGACUAAAGAGCAAGCCCGCGAGGCCAAACGUGCAAAGCUGGAUCCUGAGUCUGGGAAGACUGCCAAAGACGUGAUGGACGAGAAUGCCCGCAAGCGCAAACGAGAGGAUGGCACUCUGGAGACCGAUUCAUCGGAGGAUGAGGAACUGGGCUCCGAAAAUCCCAGAGAGGGACUAAACCGUGGCGACAAGGUCAAGAAGCAGAAGCAGGCUGAAAAGUCCGAUGCCACCACUAAAGCAAAGUCAGAGGAAGCUGAGGCUCGGAAGAAGCAGAAAGAGGAGAAAAAGGCACAGAAAAAGGCUGCUCAAAAAGAGAAGAAGAAGGCGAAAGAGACUGCCAAAAGGGAAAAAGUGAAGGAAUCGGAGCAACCAUCCAGCUCAAUCGCCGAGACCUCUGAACCCCCAUCCCAGAUUGCCAACGGGGCUGCUGAUCAACCGGAAAAUUCGGAUGAAGAGGAUGGCGACGACCUUGGCGAGGCUGCUGAGGAAGGAUUUUCCAUCGAGUUCAACGUGGACGAGGACCCCUCCUCUGCCUCCUCUACACGCAACUCACCUAGCUAUGACGCAUCAAAUCCCCAGUCCGGCAGCUCUUCUAUUUCCUCUAUCAUUCCUCCCUCCACCUCCGCCGAUGCCAAAUCCUCCGAGCCCAAGGCCCUUAAGCCUACACCAGAAGAUCUGAAGCAACGCUUACAAAAGCGACUGGAUGAGCUUCGUGCCAAGAGACAUGCUGAUGGCUUUGACGGAAAGCCUGCCCGCAAUCGUCAAGAGUUGAUCGAGGCCCGGCGGCAAAAGGCCGAACAGCGAAAGGCACACAAGAAGGAGCUGAGGCAAAAGGCGAAGGAAGAAGAGCAACUGAAGAAAGAUGAGGCUAUGGCCCGCCGCUUCUCUCCCGGAGGUUCCGGGUCUCUCCUCGCCUCUCCUCGCUCUCCAGCCGAAUCAGUCGGCUCUUCCGGUAACAAUUUCUCCUUUGGCCGUGUCGUCUUCGCCGACGGCCAGCACACAGAUGCCUCCCUUUCCAACAUCCGCGAUCAACACAAGUCGCAUGGCCCCACCGAUGCUGCCGCCCAGCUCAAGGCUGCUCGUCUCGCUGAGAUGAGCUCUGAGCAACGUGCUGAUGUUGAAGAAAAAGACCGCUGGCUGAACGCCAAGAAGCGUGCCCAUGGCGAAAGAGUUCGUGACGAUACCUCUCUGCUCAAGAAGGCCCUCAAGCGCAAGGAAACUGCGAAGAAGAAGUCUGAGCGUGAGUGGAAAGAUCGUCUUGACACCGUCACUCGCAUGAAGGACCAGCGCCAAACUAAGCGUGAGGAGAACCUCCGCAAGCGCCGCGAAGAGAAGGGCAACAAGGGCAGCAAGGGUAGCAAGGGUAAGAAGCCUACGGGUGGCAACAAGAAGAAGGCCCGUCCUGGCUUUGAGGGCAGCUUCAAGGCCAAGGUUGGUGGCAAGAAGAAAUGA